GGGCCCCGCCCACGCCGUUCCCCGGAUUCAAAUGCUGCGGCGGGACGCCUGGGGCGGAGCGGAGCGCUGACUGGCGGGGUCGGUUGAGGUGGGGAGAUGUUGAAGUUUAAGUAUGGAGCACGGAAUCUGCCGGACGCUGGUGCUGCUGAAUCCAUUGCCAGCCGGGCCUCCAGGUUGAAUCUUUUCUUCCAGGGGAAACCACCCUUCAUGACUCAACAGCAGAUGUCUCCUCUUUCCCGGGAAGGGAUAUUAGAUGCCCUCUUUGUUCUCUUUAAAGAAUGCAGUCAGCCUGCUCUGAUGAAGAUUAAGCACGUGAGCAACUUUGUCCAGAAGUAUUCUGACAUCAUAGCUGAGUUGCAGGAGCUCCAGCCUUCAGCAAAGGACUUUGAAGUGAGAAGUGUCGUAGGUUGCGGUAACUUUGCCGAAGUGCAGGUGGUCAGAGAGAAAGCGACCGGGGACAUCUACGCCAUGAAAGUCAUGAAGAAGAAGGCUUUGUUGGCCCAGGAGCAGGUUUCCUAUUUUGAGGAAGAACAGAACAUAUUAUCUCGGAGCACAAGCCCUUGGAUCCCGCAGUUACAGUAUGCCUUUCAGGACAAAAAUAAUGUUUAUCUGGUCAUGGAAUAUCAGCCUGGAGGGGAUUUGCUGUCACUUUUGAACAGAUAUGAGGACCAGUUAGAUGAAAAUAUGAUUCAGUUUUACCUAGCUGAACUCAUUUUGGCUGUUCACAGCGUUCAUCAGAUGGGAUAUGUACAUCGAGACAUCAAGCCCGAGAACAUCCUCAUUGACCGAAUGGGACACAUCAAGCUGGUGGAUUUUGGAUCAGCUGCUAAAAUGAACUCAAAUAAGAUGGUGAAUGCCAGACUCCCAGUUGGGACCCCAGAUUACAUGGCCCCUGAAGUGUUGACCGUCAUGAAUGGGGACGGAAAAGGUGCCUAUGGCCUAGACUGUGAUUGGUGGUCGGUGGGAGUUAUUGCUUAUGAGAUGGUUUAUGGAAGGUCCCCAUUCACUGAGGGAACCUCAGCCAGAACCUUCAGUAACAUCAUGAAUUUCCAGCGGUUUUUGAAGUUUCCAGAUGAUCCCAAAGUUAGCAGUGAAUUACUUGAUCUGAUCCAAAGUUUGUUGUGUGGCCAGAAAGAGAGACUGAAGUUUGAAGGCCUUUGCUGUCAUCCUUUCUUCUCUAAAAUCGACUGGAGUAACAUUCGAAACUCUCCUCCCCCCUUCGUUCCCACCCUCAAGUCUGAUGAUGACACCUCCAAUUUUGAUGAACCAGAGAAGAAUUCGUGGGUUUCAUCCUCUCCGUGCCAGCUGAACCCCUCAGGUUUCUCAGGAGAAGAACUGCCGUUUGUGGGGUUUUCGUAUAGCAAGGCACUGGGAAUUCUUGGUAGAUCUGAGUCUGUUGUGUCAAGUCUGGACUCCCCUGCCAAGACUAGCUCCAUGGAAAAGAAACUUCUCAUCAAAAGCAAAGAGCUGCAAGACUCCCAGGACAAGUGUCACAAGAUGGAGCAGGAAAUGACCCGGUUACAUCGGAGAGUGUCAGAGGUGGAGGCUGUGCUUAGUCAGAAGGAGGUGGAGCUGAAGGCCUCUGAGACUCAGAGAUCCCUCCUGGAGCAGGACCUUGCUACCUACAUCACAGAGUGCAGUAGCUUAAAGCGAAGUUUGGAGCAAGCACGGAUGGAGGUGUCCCAGGAGGACGACAAAGCACUGCAGCUUCUCCACGAUAUCAGAGAGCAGAGCCGGAAGCUCCAAGAAAUCAAAGAGCAGGAGUACCAGGCUCAAGUGGAAGAAAUGAGGUUAAUGAUGAAUCAGUUGGAAGAGGACCUGGUUUCGGCCAGAAGACGGAGUGAUCUCUAUGAAUCGGAGCUCAGAGAGUCUCGGCUGGCCGCCGAAGAGUUCAAGCGGAAAGCAACAGAAUGUCAGCAUAAAUUGAUGAAGGCUAAAGAUCAAGGGAAGCCUGAAGUGGGAGAAUAUGCCAAACUGGAGAAGAUCAAUGCUGAGCAGCAGCUCAAAAUUCAGGAGCUCCAAGAGAAGCUGGAAAAGGCCGUGAAAGCCAGCACGGAGGCCACCGAGCUGCUGCAGAACAUCCGCCAGGCGAAGGAGCGGGCCGAGCGCGAGCUGGAGAAGCUGCACAGCCGCGAGGACUCUUCCGAAGGCAUCAGGAAGAAGCUGGUGGAAGCCGAGGAACGCCGCCACUCUCUGGAGAACAAGGUAAAGAGGCUAGAGACCAUGGAGCGUAGAGAAAACAGACUGAAGGAUGACAUCCAGACAAAGUCCCAACAGAUCCAGCAGAUGGCUGAUAAAAUUCUGGAACUGGAGGAGAAGCACCGAGAAGCCCAGGUCUCAGCCCAGCACCUGGAGGUGCACCUGAAACAGAAAGAACAGCACUACGAGGAAAAAAUUAAAGUGUUGGACAAUCAGAUAAAGAAAGACCUAGCCGACAAGGAAACUUUGGAGAACCUGAUGCAGAGACACGAAGAGGAGGCCCACGAGAAAGGCAAGAUUCUCAGCGAACAGAAGGCGAUGAUCAACGCCAUGGAUUCCAAGAUCAGAUCCCUGGAACAGAGGAUAGUGGAAUUGUCGGAAGCCAAUAAACUUGCGGCAAACAGCAGUCUCUUUACCCAGAGGAAUAUGAAGGCCCAGGAAGAAAUGAUUUCAGAACUCAGGCAGCAGAAGUUUUACCUGGAGACACAGGCUGGGAAACUGGAGGCCCAGAACCGGAAGCUGGAGGAGCAGCUGGAAAAAAUCAGCCACCAAGACCACAGCGACAAGAAUCGCCUGCUGGAGCUGGAGACCAGGCUGAGGGAGGUCAGUCUAGAGCAUGAAGAGCAGAAACUGGAGCUCAAGCGCCAGCUCACGGAGCUGCAGCUCUCUCUGCAGGAGCGCGAGUCUCAGCUGACAGCCCUGCAGGCAGCCCGGGCAGCUCUGGAGAGCCAGCUCCGCCAGGCAAAGACGGAGCUGGAAGAGACAACAGCGGAAGCAGAAGAAGAGAUCCAGGCACUCACGGCACAUAGAGAUGAAAUCCAGCGCAAAUUUGAUGCCCUUCGUAACAGCUGUACUGUAAUCACAGACCUGGAGGAGCAGCUAAACCAGCUGACGGAGGACAACGCUGAGCUCAACAACCAAAAUUUCUACUUGUCCAAACAACUUGAUGAGGCCUCUGGCGCCAGCGACGAGAUCGUACAGCUGCGAAGUGAGGUAGACCAUCUCCGCCGCGAGAUCACAGAGAGGGAGAUGCAGCUCACCAGCCAGAAGCAAACGAUGGAGGCUCUGAAGACCACCUGCACAAUGCUGGAGGAGCAGGUCAUGGACCUGGAGGCCCUGAACGACGAGCUGCUGGAAAAAGAGCGGCAGUGGGAGGCCUGGAGGAGCGUCCUUGGUGACGAGAAGUCCCAGUUUGAGUGUCGGGUUCGGGAGUUACAGAGGAUGCUGGACACCGAGAAGCAGAGCAGGGCGAGGGCCGAUCAGCGGAUCACCGAGUCGCGCCAGGUGGUCGAGCUGGCAGUGAAGGAGCACAAGGCUGAGAUUCUGGCCCUGCAGCAGGCUCUCAAGGAACAGAAGCUGAAGGCCGAGAGUCUCUCCGACAAGCUCAAUGACCUGGAGAAGAAACACGCCAUGCUUGAAAUGAACGCCCGAAGUUUACAACAGAAGCUGGAGACGGAACGAGAGCUCAAACAAAGGCUUCUGGAAGAGCAAGCCAAGUUACAGCAGCAGAUGGACAUGCAAAAGAGUCAUAUUUUCCGUCUGACUCAAGGGCUACAAGAAGCUCUAGAUCGGGCUGAUCUGCUGAAGACAGAAAGGAGUGAUCUGGAAUAUCAGCUAGAGAACAUUCAGGUUCUCUAUUCUCAUGAAAAGGUGAAAAUGGAAGGCACUAUUUCUCAACAAACCAAGCUCAUCGAUUUUCUGCAAGCCAAAAUGGACCAACCUGCUAAAAAGAAAAAGGGUUUAUUUAGUCGACGGAAAGAGGACCCUGCUUUGCCCACACAGGUUCCUCUGCAGUACAAUGAGCUGAAGGUGGCUCUGGAGAAGGAGAAAGCUCGCUGCGCGGAGCUCGAGGAAGCCCUGCAGAAGACCCGCAUCGAGCUCCGUUCCGCCCGGGAGGAAGCUGCCCACCGGAAAGCCGCAGACCACCCGCACCCGUCCACGCCGGCCACCGCCAGGCAGCAGAUCGCCAUGUCCGCCAUCGUGCGGUCGCCCGAGCACCAGCCCAGCGCCCUGAGCCUGCUCGCCCCGCCAUCCAGCCGCAGGAAGGAGUCUUCGACUCCAGAGGAAUUCAGCCGGCGUCUUAAGGAGCGCAUGCACCACAACAUUCCUCACCGGUUCAACGUAGGACUGAACAUGCGAGCCACGCAGUGCGCCGUGUGUCUGGAUACCGUGCACUUCGGGCGCCAGGCAUCCAAGUGUCUUGAAUGUCAGGUCAUGUGUCAUCCCAAGUGCUCCACGUGCUUGCCAGCUACCUGUGGCCUGCCAGCCGAAUAUGCCACGCACUUCACUGAGGCCUUCUGCCGUGACAAAAUGAACUCCCCGGGUCUCCAGACCAAGGAGCCCAGCAGCGGCUUGCACCUGGAAGGGUGGAUGAAGGUGCCCAGGAAUAACAAACGAGGACAGCAAGGCUGGGACAGGAAGUACAUCGUCCUGGAGGGCUCGAAAGUCCUCAUUUACGACAAUGAAGCCAGAGAAGGUCUCCCCACUGAAGACCCUGCAGGGCGCUGCCUGAAGAUUCCACCUGCUCAUACACCUUCCGAGAACUUCCGCCUCAGCCAACUAACCCAUAAAUCCGCAUCAGUUCAGCUCACCAUGUCUUCUUUUUUCUCUCUCUCUUUUUCUUUCUCAUGUGAAAAGAAAUUGCUUGGAAACUCGCUGCUGAAACUGGAAGGCGAUGACCGGCUCGACAUGAACUGCACGCUGCCCUUCAGCGACCAGGUGGUGCUGGUGGGCACCGAGGAAGGGCUGUACGCGCUGAAUGUCUUGAAGAACUCCCUCACCCACGUCCCAGGGAUCGGAGCAGUCUUCCAUUACAUCAUCAAGGACCUGGAGAAGCUCCUCAUGAUCGCAGGAGAAGAGCGGGCCCUGUGUCUCGUGGACGUGAAGAAAGUGAAACAGUCCCUCGCACAGUCUCACCUUCCCGCCCAGCCGGACAUCUCACCCAACAUCUUCGAAGCCGUCAAGGGCUGCCACUUGUUUGCUGCCGGCAAGAUUGAGAGCGGGCUCUGCAUCUGUGCGGCCAUGCCCAACAAAGUUGUCAUUCUCCGCUACAACGAAAACCUCAGCAAGUACUGCAUUCGGAAAGAGAUCGAGACCUCGGAGCCCUGCAGCUGUGUCCACUUCACCAACUACAGUAUCCUCAUCGGAACCAAUAAAUUCUACGAAAUUGACAUGAAGCAGUACACGCUGGAGGAAUUCCUGGAUAAGAACGACCAUUCCUUGGCGCCUGCCGUGUUUGCCUCCUCUUCCCACAGUUUCCCCGUGUCCAUCAUGCAGGUGAACGGCACGGGGCAGCGGGAGGAGUUCCUGCUCUGCUUCCAUGAGUUUGGGGUGUUCGUGGAUUCUUAUGGAAGACGCAGCCGCACAGAUGAUCUCAAGUGGAGUCGCUUACCUUUGGCCUUCGCCUACAGAGAACCUUAUCUGUUUGUGACCCACUUCAACUCACUCGAAGUAAUCGAGAUCCAGGCCCGCUCCUCUCUGGGGACCCCUGCCCGAGCGUACCUGGAAAUCCCGAACCCACGCUACCUGGGCCCUGCAAUUUCCUCGGGAGCGAUUUACCUGGCAUCCUCGUAUCAGGAUAAAUUAAGGGUCAUCUGCUGCAAAGGAAACCUCGUCAAGGAGACCGGCACUGACCACCACCGGGGCCCGUCCACCUCCCGCAGCCCCAACAAGCGAGGCCCGCCGACGUACAACGAGCACAUCACCAAGCGCGUGGCCUCCAGCCCGGCGCCUCCCGAGGGCCCCAGCCACCCGCGAGAGCCCGGCACGCCGCACCGCUACCGCGAGGGGCGGACCGAGCUGCGCAGGGACAAGUCUCCAGGCCGCCCCCUGGAGCGGGAGAAGUCCCCCGGCCGCAUGCUCAGCACGCGCAGGGAGCGCUCCCCCGGGAGGCUGUUUGAGGACGGCAGCAGGGGCCGGCUGCCCGUGGGAGCCGUGAGGACCCCGCUGUCCCAGGUCAACAAGGUCUGGGACCAGUCUUCAGUAUAAAGCUCAGCCAGAAAACCCAACUCCUCAUCUUGAGCUGCAGGAAAACACCAACCGCACUAUGGAACGCUGCUGAAAGGGACCCCCAGUGCCCACAGCGCAGCUGGACCGAGACCCGCCUCAGCACGGACAGCCUGCAGCCAGGAGGGGCUGGGGCUCCUGGGAGCUGCCGGCACCCUCCUGCAGUCACCCUCUUUGCACUUUGUUACUCUUUCAAAGCAUUCAUAAACUUUUGUACCUAGCUCUAGCCUGUACCAGUUCAUCACAGGAAACCAACCGGGGGCUAACUACGAUGUGGUUAGAAUCCUAAUUAAUAGCUACUUUAAGAUCCUAGGGUUGGUUGGGUUUUUGUUUUUCUGUUUUCUUUUUUUUUUUUUUUAAAGACAACAGACUUCUUAAUAGAUUUGAAUAGCACCGUAUUUCCUGUUGUAGUCAUUUGUAGCAGGUCACACAAUCAGGUCUUUACUACCGACAUGUAUCGUAGAAGAGCCCCUGUCAUUGGCUAACCUCCCACGCUCACCUAGGUCCACUCUCACCUAGGUCCACUCUCUCCUUCAGUCCAUCCUCACAGAUGGCCCUGUCUUACCCAGGGUGACAUCUUAGCCAAAUGUUUACCGUUCUCAUUGCCUUUUAUGGCCUUGACGACUUCCCCUCCCACCAGCUGCGAAUGUACGGAGGUCUCGGGCCCGGCUCAGAGGCAGUGACUUGGGGCCAAGGGACCACAAGGAGCUUUUCCCUCCCUGCCCCUCAGCGUCACCCACCGGCCUCCUGUCUCCGCUUUCCAUGUAGCUUUGGCCAGGAAAGCAUGCAACAGACUUGCUCUGAGCCCGGCACCGAUGGGGCCCCGGGUCCAGGCAGGGGCCGGGCGCACUCACCUCCUGUCGUGAUGGCGCACUCGCCCCGGCUCCCCGGGCUGGGAAGAGAGCCCCAGGAGUUCUGCACGGCGGUUCACUGCAUGCGCUGCCCCCCGACCUGGCCGCCCCCUUGGGUUGCUCUGCCGAUGCACUAGUUCCAUCCCAUAGCUCCCGCCGAACCGAGACCCUCUGGGACUUGCCAACUCACCGGCCACAAGCUGCAGUCUGUAGCACUGAACAAACAAAAACCAAACGCUCAAGCCUUACGACCAGAGAAGGAUUCCAGCAAACCACACCGCACACUUGCACACCUCCCUGCUGACGCCCGCGCAGACAACUCUGCUCACACACAAUCCACCAGGUUCUACCCCACGAAGACUGUGACUUCCCAAACGAGCCUCUCCCUAGGGCUAGACUAAGACCAGGAAGUUCAAGAAGGAAACCGCAGCUCAACUCUCCCACCCCAGCCGGGCGGGGAAGCCCUCCUUAGGUGCCGUGCGGCUCACCCAGUUUCUCUCUCCCCUCCGGCGGUGCGAGGUUCCUGGCAACCGGUAAAGAACCAACUAGAGGCUUUGCAGUUGGCAAGCUAACUAGCGGCCUUAUUUCUGCCUUUAAUCUCCCACCAGGCCUCUCUUGCUUCUCCACACCUCAAACCACCAGGGCACAUCCUAGGUAAGCUGACAGGUAGACCUGUUCCCGCCGCAGCUGGCGAACGUGACCGCGUUUUAACCCUGUGUCCACGGUUCAGCUCACUUUCCAGAUUGCAACCUGGCCUGAGUCCCAGCUCCUUCCUGCUCGUCUCUUAACCGAAGUGCUUUCUUGUUUGAAACACCCACGGCCCUUCCUCCACGUUGUCGCAUCCUUGGCCAGUGUCAUGCUGUCGCGUUCUAUACGUUGCUUCGUCUUUGGGGUCACGCUGCAUCCCCUCCCUCCUCCAGGGCAGAUCUGACUGAAUGUUUGCUGAAGUUUCUGUCUCUUGGUCCACAAGUAUUUGGAGAGGUCACUGGAAAUUGGUGUUUUAGUCUUGGCAUCUCAUUUAGGAUCUCCAUGAGAAAUGGGCUUCUUAGCCCUCAAAGUGUAUAUCGUGUGUCUCAUUUGUGAAAUGCUUCCUGCUAUAGAACUAGCUCAAAGACUGUACAUAUUUACAAGAAACUUUAUAUUCGUAAAAAAAAAAAAAAGGAUAUUGAAUUGGUUUCUACUUUUUUAUUGUAAAAGGUGCAUUUUUCAACUCUUACUUUUGGUUUCAACGGUGGUAGUUGUGGACAGCCAUCUUCACUGGAGUGUGGGGAGCUCCGUGUGACUACCGAGAUGCCAGCAGGAAAUAUCGUAACACGAAAUUGCAGUCAAAGCUUAUUAGCAUAAAUAAGAUUCUAGGUCCAAAAGUACAGGCAUUUUCUUCAUUACCUUUUUUAUUCAGAACGAGGAAAAGAUCACAAGGAACGGUUCAAGAUCCACCUUGAGAGGAAUGAACUCUGUUGAACAAAUAGUCAAAUAAAGCAAUGAUCUAAAAUGUU